ACUCAAAAAGUGCAAGAGUAUCAAAUUGCCGAAUAGCUCUCAGGCUACCUCAAGCACCGGCUAGUUUCGGGUGGGGCGGUCCACUGGAACUGGGUGGUCGGGCCCAUGGAACUUCUGGACAUCGUAAUGAGGCGCCCACGGUGCCUUCAUUCUCCGGCUGUAUUGCCAAAGUCCAUAUCAACGGCCAGCUACAAGACCUGGGCCCAGCGCUGCUCAGUAGCGGCAGCGCGGCGGGCUGUCGCUCCCUGGCCUGCCUGCGCCCCCACAACACGUGCCCCCUCCACGCCAGGCUACACAGGACACAAGUGCACACAGCGGUCCGUGCCUGUAUACUUCCGUGCCAACAGCUUCAUACAGCUCGCCUUAUCCUUCACUCCACCGCCUCAUACCACCGACCUCUCUGUCAGGUUCAGGACCAGAGAGCCGGCCGGAGAGCUGGUGUCUCUGAGCUCCCGUCACGGCCGAGACUCUCUGAAGCUGCUGCUGGCAAACGGGCGUCCCUGUCUCGAGCUGUCCCUGCACCCAGAGACUCCAGCGCGGCUCUGUCUCGCGUCUCGUCUCAAUGAUGGUCUCUGGCACCGUCUCGAGGCCGUCAGACGGGGCAGCGGCCUGGAGCUGACGGCGGACGAGGGCGAUGGUCCGCUGUACGGCGCUGCCAUCAGCGGCCACCACCACAACACGCUGCUCUUCCUGCACCCUCAGGAGGGCGUCGUGGUGGGCGGCGCCCCCGUCCACAGGAGAGCCUCUUCCCACCACAGCGUCCUUGGGGACUUCUUCAAUGGUUGCUUAGACGACCUGCGUCUGAACGGCCGGUCGCUGCCGCUGGGGGCGGCGCCCCCCGGCAGCAGCGCGGGGGCGGUGAGCCUGGCGCGCAGUGUGGACGUUGGGUGCACAGCGCCCCCCUCAGCGCCCCCCUCAGCGCCCCCCUCCUGCACUAACAUCUCCUGCAUCAGGCCCUUGACCUGUCAGGAGACCUGGGGGCAACACUACUGCGGAUGUGACGUCGGCGCGUCGCUGACGCUGGACGGCGCGCAGUGCCGAGACGUCGACGAGUGCGUCUGGCGGCCCUGCCUGCACUCCGGCACCUGCUAUAAUAAACCUGCUGGUGGUGUGCUGGGGGCAGCGCCCCCCGGCAGCAGCGCGGGGGCGGUGAGCCUGGCGCGCAGUGUGGACGUUGGGUGCACAGCGCCCCCCUCAGCGCCCCCCUCCUGCACUAACAUCUCCUGCAGCAGGCCCUUCACCUGUCAGGAGACCUGGGGGCAACACUUCUGCGGAUGCGACGUCGGCGCGUCGCUGACGCUCGACGGCGCGCAGUGCAGAGACGUCGACGAGUGCGUCUGGCGGCCCUGCCUGCACUCCGGCACCUGCUAUAAUAAACCUGCUGGUGGGUGGUGA